GCACAGCUGGUGGCCAGGGUCGUAAAGCUGAACUUUAUAAAUAUCUCUCUCAUUGGGAUCAGGGGAAGAGCAUUAAAAAGGCAGAGAGAGAGAAAGAGAAAGAGAAGGCAAAGGAGCAAAGGCAAUAGAGAAGCAAAGCGAACAAGUCCAGCUCAACCAUCUAUGGCCAUGCAAGCACAGAAGAUGAGGUGUGCUUGGGGCAGGCUUUGCCUGCUGCUUUCCCUGCUCCUCCAGCUCCCGGGCUCCCAGGCCAAAUGCUACUUCCAGGCUAAAGCUCCCUGUGAGUACGAAGGGAAACAGUUCUCCCUUGGGGAAUCGUGGCUGAGCACCAACUGCCUGCUCUGCACCUGCCUGCACCCCGUUGGCGUGGGCUGCUGUGAGACCACCCAGCACCCCAUCGACUUCCCCGACUGGUGCGAGGCUCACUACGACUCACAGACCUGCCAGAUCUCGGUAGUGCAGAAGGCCAACCCCAGCCUGCCGUGCGUGAAGAGCGUGGAGCACGAGUGGGGCUCGGCCAGCACCCCCGAGCCGCUGGUGAACAAGCUGCUGGGCGCGGGGCUGAGCAGAUAGAGAGCCUCGGCAGCGCCCGCGCCUCGGCGCCGCGCUCCCCCCUCCAGAGCACACCGCCCGCAUGCUCCAGACCUGCCCCACACACCCUGUAGAGGCAUCACCGCCGGCACCUUCAAAGGAAACCACU